AUGGUCAAUAAGCUUAGAUCCGGCGACGAGUAUGAUUUAAUUAUCGUUGGCGGCGGUGCGACAGGAACAGGUUGUGCCGUGGAUGCUGCGUCACGCGGCCUCAAGGUCGCAUUGGUCGAGCGUGAUGACUUUGCAUCGGGCACCUCGUCACGGAGUACAAAACUAGUGCACGGCGGUGUGAGGUACCUCGAAAAGGCAUUCAAGGAACUCGAUUAUGACCAAUACAAGCUCGUCAAGGAAGCAUUGCACGAACGCAAGGCUUUCUUACAUAUCGCCCCGCAUCUCUCAUUUGAGUUGCCCAUCAUGAUUCCCAUCUACAAGUGGUGGCAGGCACCUUAUUUCUGGGCCGGUACCAAGAUGUACGAUUUCCUGGCUGGUUCUGAGAAUAUGAGCAGUUCCUACUACAUGACCAAGUCUCGCGCAAAGUCAACAUUCCCUAUGCUCAAGGCAGAUAACUUGGUUGGUGCUCUCGUCUACUUUGAUGGUCAGCACAACGAUUCCCGCAUGAAUGUCGGUUUGGCCGUCACUGCAAUUGACCAAGGUGCAGAUGUCGUCAACCACACUGAAGUCACGAGUCUCAGCAAGGAUGCAUCUGGCAAGCGAUUGAAUGGAGUACGCGUCAAGGAUUUGAUUACCGGUGAGAGUUACGACAUUAAGGCUAAAGGCAUCAUCAACGCAACUGGUCCCUUCACAGAUGCAUUACGCAAGAUGGACGACCAGAGUGUCGAUGAAAUUGUCGCUCCUAGUUCAGGCACCCACAUCAUUUUGCCAGGAUACUUUGCACCAGAGUCCAUGGGCUUGCUAGAUCCCAACACCUCAGACGGCAGAGUCAUUUUCUUUUUACCCUGGCAAGGCAACACCAUUGCCGGAACAACCGAUGCCCCCACAAAAGUCAUGGCAAAUCCACUUCCGAAGGAGGAAGAAAUCGAUUGGAUCCUUUCUGAAUGUCGCAACUACCUGAAGCCCACCGUUGAGAUUCGUCGAGGCGAUGUCUUGGCCGCUUGGUCGGGUAUUCGUCCGCUUGUGCGUGAUCCAGCAGCCAAAAACACAGAAUCCCUUGUGCGCAACCAUAUGAUCAAUGUGUCACCUUCUGGUCUACUCACCAUUGCCGGUGGCAAAUGGACUACUUACCGACAAAUGGCAGAAGAGACCAUUGACACUGCCAUCAGCGAAUACUCUCUCCAACCGAAAUUGGACCACUGCGUUAGUGAAAACGUGCGCUUGAUUGGUGCAGAGUACUGGCACCCACUGCUCUACAUCAACUUGGUCCAACAAUUUGGCUUGGAAACCGAUGUUGCAAAACACUUGUGUGAAUCCUAUGGUGACCGUGCCUUUGUUGUCGCGUCACUCGCUGAGCAAACUGAAGCACGUUGGCCAAUCAGGGGGAAACGAUUGUCAACGUCGUAUCCGUUUGACGAGGCAGAAAUUCGAUAUGCUGUGCGUCAUGAGUAUGCGCAAUCUGCUAUGGAUGUCCUUGCUCGGCGGACACGACUUGCAUUUUUGAAUGCACAAGCGUCCUUGGAGGUUCUACCGCGUGUGAUUGAUAUCAUGACGGAGGAACUAUCGUGGUCCAAGGCGCGUCGAGAGCAAGAAUGGACAGAUGGUGUUCAAUUCUUGUUGACGAUGGGACUUCCUGCGAUUCGCGAAAACAUCACAAGAAAGGAAGUCGAGAGUGGCAAAACGAGGGUAAUGAAGGCCGGCGAGUAUAAGCUGUACUCAAGGGCAGAUGGUCCGGAGGGAAUUGAUGUGAAUCAAGAUCUUGCAACGGCCAAUAGCCCGCAAGUCGAGAAGGAGAAGGAGAAGGUCGGAUACAGUGUGUAA